AUGGUUGGCUGGAGGGCUUGUCAGGAGAUUUUGCCAACACGUUUAAACCUUACAAAGCGACGAAUUAUUCAUGAUAAUAUAUGUCCGAACUGCACCAAAUUUCCUGAGUUAACAGUACAUGCAUUAUGGGACUGUGGGGUCGCUGUGGAUGUGUGGGCUGGGAGUGCGCUGAAGUUACAGAAGUGUGCACAUGGCCAAGCUAAUAUGAUAGAGCUGAUGGAGUAUUUGUUGAGUAGACUUUCUGUGCAGGAGAUGGAGUUGUUCUUAGUUCAGGCGUGGAUAAUUUGGAAUCAACAAAACAAGUCGCUGCAUGGGGUAAAGCUUCAAGAUCCAAACAUGUUAUGUAAAAGAGCUGUGGAGUACCUGGAGGAAUUUCAGAAUUCUCAAGGAAAUUUGCGUGUUGAUGGUGUGGUGCAUUCAGUUGGUGACGUGUGGAAACCACCUCCAACUUUGGUCUUCAAAUUAAAUUUUGAUGCAACAGUGUUUUUGGAAGCUAAACAGACUGGGUUUGGUGCCAUUAUAAGGAAUGAUAAGGGUGAGGUUAUGGUAGGGAUGUCAGCAGGAGGACCCCCGGUGAGUAGCAGUGAAGAAGCGGAGUUGUUAGCAUGCAGGAAGGCAGUAGAGUUUGCCACUGAUGCUGGCUUUACUGAGCUUGUGAUCGAAGGAGAUAAUAGUAAUGUAAUGAAAGCUUUAUCUUCUUCUUUGGCUGAUCGGUCGCACUUAGGCAAUGUGGUGGAUGAUGUGCACAACUUAGUUUGUGGGCUGUAG